AUGGUCGAAAGUUGUCUCAAAACAGGAAGGAUCGUGAGCCAGACAGCAAUCAAAGCUACCACACAGGCCAUUCAAGGUGGUUCAACAAGUUUUGGAAAUCGUAAAAGGAAAGAGGAAGUUAUUUCACUGGCAUCAGGGUCAAGGGGAGCUCAGAGAAAGUCUAAUUGCCCUUACACAUCAGUUCGGAGACAACUUAGCUAUCCUCAACAUUACUACCCUUAUGCCCCUCAAUAUCCAGUAUCUCCAUCUCCGUACACGGUCUUAAAUGCUCAGUCAUAUGUACAUCCUCCCAAUCGCCCACAUUUUCGGGCCCCAUCUCAAGGAAACUUUCGUCCACAACGGCCACCGUAUCAGGUCCCUUACAACUCUCCUCUUAUGCAGAAUUAUGCUCAAGAUAAAGCACAGAGAAAGAAAUUCACUCCAUUAGGAGAGUCGUACUCCAGCUUGUUUCAAAAGUUAAGAAAGAUAGGAGCAAUUGAGUGUAUCCCACCAUAUUGUCUGAAUCCAAAUGCUCCAGGUUUCCAAGCCAAUGAAAGAUGUGAAUACCAUUCAGGAGCCCCAGGACACAACACUGAUAAUUGUUGGACCUUGAAGGGAGAAAUAGAGAAGCUGAUCGAGCAUGGAGUUGUUGUUGUGACAGAUGAUCAAAACACUCCCAAUGUGACCAAUAACCCACUUCCAGCUGAAAACAACUUAGUGGGUAUGGUUUGUGAUGACCAAAAGUACAAACUCCUCAGCAAAAUGGGAAAGUUGUUUAGGAAGAUCGGAGAAAAAGACAAGUCAAUGAAGAGUUUAGGACCAGUUGCAUCUCUGAGUGUGGAAGGUGUCAAUCUUGACACCAAAGUCUUGUGCGUCCCGGGGGUUCCAAAGGGGAUUGAAGUUCGAGCAGCUAUGCCAAAUGGCUUGACCAAGUUGAAAGAGCCUAUUUUUGUUAAGCCCGUUCAACAACUUCCAGUAAUUGAUUCAAAGGCUGUCCCUUGGAACUAUAACAAAACCGCAGUAGUUUAUGGAAAGGAGAUUGUCGAAGAAGUUGAUGAAGCGGGGGGUUUGACACGCUCUGGAAGAUGUUAUUCUCCAGAAGAAUUAAGAAAAGGAAAGAUGACUGAAAAUAUCCAAGUACCACUAAAGAAAGCAGUUACUGAAGAAGAAAAUGUAGAAUUUCUAAAAAAGCAUAACGUUCCAGAAUACUCUGUCGUGGAACAAUUGAAGAAGACGCCUGCACAGAUUUUACUGUUGUCUCUACUUUUGUACUCAGAAGAACAUCAUUUUGCGUUGAAUAAGGUUUUGAAUGAAGCACAUGUGCCAAAAGAGACCACAGUAAAUCAGUUGGAGAAUAUGACCAAACGCGUCUUCGAGUCAAACGCCAUCACUUUCACUAAUGAUGAGUUACCCAAGAAGGGAGCUGGACACAACAAAGCUUUGCAUCUCACAGUGACAUGUGAAGGUUACUAUGUAAUGAGGGUCAUGAUAGAUGGAGGGUCAGGGGUAGACAUAUAUCCUCUUUCUACGCUGCAAAGCUUGAAAGUUAACACUGACAGAAUUCGCCCCAGUAAUGUAUUUAUGCGAGCUUAUGACGGCUCAAGGAGGGAUACCAUUGGUGAAAUCAAGUUAAACAUGACAGUUGGGCCAGUAGUCUUUAUGAUUGUGUUCCAAGUAAUGGAUAUGGAAAGAUCUGAUAAUUUUCUACUAGGGAGGCCAUGGAUCCACAUGGCUCGAGCCGUCCCAUCAACUCUACAUCAAGUUGUCAAGUUUGAAUACAACAAUCAGGGAAUCAGUGUUCAUGGGGAAGAUGAUUCACCUAUUUAUAGAGAUCCAUCCGUCCCAUACAUUGAGGCAAAGGAAGGAUGUGAUUCUGUUGUUUACAAGUCUUUUGAGGUUGUAUCAGUCGAUCGUUUUAAAUAA